AUGGAUUUCCAAUCUAGCCAAUAUCCUUCCUCCUUUGCUGGGUUCUCCACCUCUGCCGCCCACCUUAGCCAGACUACGACACAUUCCCCGCAGAACUCUUCGUUCUCUCAGUACACGGAUCCACAAGCUCGGUUCGCGCAAUCAAACAACGCGUUUCCCUAUGGCGGCCUUCCCAAUGGCAGCCAAGGCGCCUCGUUCCCUAACAGUAUGCAGAGUGGCGCCAUGAUGCAGCCUGGAGCUGCCAUGUCGCAGAGCCAACUUCACCACGCACGAGCAGCACAGUUGCAGCAGCAACAGCAGCAACAGCAGCAGCAGCAGCAGCAGCAGCAGCAGCAGCAGCAUAAUCCCUACUCGAACGCGCCCUUCUCGCAGACACUACCAUCGCCCGCCCACCAGCAGUUCGCCCAGAACCGCCAGACCGCUUCGCCGGCCCUGAGUAACCAAGGCCAGCCGUAUGCCACGCCUCUACCGCAGCAGUCGCCCACCACUCUACCGUCGUCCAACAGUCAGCAGCAGCCCAUGAACCUCAACCUCCCCUCACAAAUCAAGGGCGAGCCUGCGCAGGCGCAGACCCCCAUCAAAACAGUACCACAGUCCCCUGUGUCGCCUGUCACGCCAGCGCGUGCCCAUGAGCGCGUCGCCGUCUUGCUUGAGAUCAACAGUCUGCUCAUCAAUGAGGCUACCACGCUUCAGACUCAAGGCAAGGGAGGCCAAAUAGGCGCCACCGAGGAGGGCAAGCCCCAGCCAUCCAAAGAGUACAUUGACUACAUUCGCCGCCUGCAGGCUAACCUCUCUUUUCUCGCUCAGAACGCCGAGAAGAUCCCCAAGCCGGGACAGCCUGUCCAACCAGGGCCUGCAAUCAUGUCGGCGCCCGCGACUCACGAAGAGCUGAGCAAGCUUUACAUCAAGCUGCAAGGUCUUUUCCCCGGGUGGAAGGGCGGUCAACCUCCAGCAAGGCAAUCUCCUGGAGGGCCACAGCGAAUGAACUCAAACGCAUCGCAACCGCCCAACAGCGCCGGCCUGCAGCAGAAUUGGGGUCAAAACUCUAUGCAGAUGCAACACGGUCAACAGCCCAAAAUGGAGCCGCAGCAGUAA